GCAGUCUCUGGUUUCACCAUGAACGCGUUUGACCACAGCAAGACAGAUGCUCUCUUCCAGUUCUCCCACAUAUCUCACUCCACCCAGGAGCACUUGAAGAAAGUGUACUCAAGCUUGGCAAUUUGUAUGUGUCUGGCUGCUGUCGGCUCCUACGUCUACAUCUAUCUGGUCGCAUGCCUGGUUACAGUGAGUGCGGCGUCCCCCCUCGCAGUCCUGGGGUUGUUGAUCUGUCUUUCGGUGGCUACCCUCACCUCACUGGGGUUGUUUAUCUGGUUUGCCGUGACCCCCCAUAACCCUGAGACAGAAAGGAAGAGACUUGCUUUCCUUGAAGGAUUUGCUUUGCUCACAGGUUUUAGCCUUGGACCCAUACUGGACGAUGUCAUCGCUGUCGAUCCGAAUGUCAUCGCGACCGCCUUCGUGGGAACCUCGGUGAUUUUCAUCUGCUUCACUCUCAGCGCCUUGUACGACACACACAGGGGCCACCUGUUCCUCCGAGGCACACUCAUGUCCGGCUGUUCUAUUCUGUUCCUGGUGUCUCUGACAAACGUGUUCUUUGGAUCUACGCUUCUGUUUGAGGCGAACACCUACCUGGGACUGCUCGUCAUGUGCGGCUUUGUCCUGUUUGACACUCAGCUCAUUAUCGAGAAAGCAGAGAACGGGGACGAGGACUACAUCUGGCACUGUGUGACCUUGUUUGAUGAUUUCAUCAGCAUUUUUAGGAGACUGAUGAUCAUCCUUUACACGAAGGAGAAGGCCAAGAAGACGAAGACGGUGUCUGAACGUAUUCUGUGCAAGAUAAUACCGACCGAUGUGUGA